CCGUAAAGUUCUACGCUAGAAUACAAUGCAUCUUAGACGCUUGCUGACCUUGGCAACUUGACUACACAAUCGCUUUAUUGAAAUAAGAACCGUCAUGAAAGGGUUACUGAUAGCUAGCGUCACGUUCCUGAUUAACCACAUUUUACUGGCGUGACAGUAAAGUUGCUUCUAACAUAGUUGCCUACUCUGAGGACAAAUAAAAACAACUCAGCAAUUCCGGCUCAGGUAAGUCCCCUGGUGUGUUUGUUCCUUUGGACAAUCCAGUCCAGUCUAGUCCAGUCCAGGCUUCUACGUUACCAUAAUACGGCUGUACCAGGUGCCCUCUUUGAUAUGUUAAAAUUCUAACAUGACUUCGAUGCUUUCUGGUCAUUUUUCUAUAUUUGGUUGGAUUUUCUUUGUGCUUAAAUCUCUUCUGGGAAUUGCCAGUCAAUGGAAUCGUGAAAAAUUUGCAUUUCGCCCCCAAUGCGUUGUCACGUUUAUAGAAUAACGUGGGCUAUUAGUCACGAGGCUGUUUUCAGCUUUGAACGGGAAUAUAACUUGAAAGUGUGACAGAGAUGUGGCAUUUCAAGUUAAGGUAAGUGCUAAACACGAAAACUCAGGGGAAUCUGUGCGCUGAGAAUUCUGUGUCGUGGUUAAAACCGUGGUCGAAUCAAUUAAUCUAGAAUCGGCUAUGCCUUGCCAUUUACGCCUCAGUUUUUUUUUUCUAUUUUUUCGAGCGUGAUAUUUCGAAAAGGGCAAAAUCCUCGAAGCUGCCACCCCUUUCGUUUUUAUUUCCUUUGCAAUAGACUUUUUUGGUGACUAAAAAAGUAAAAUUCGAUGUUGGCAAUCGGGGCAUCGAACAAUAUUGUGCGACCGGCAAAUCGCUCCCGCGGCGCAUUAAUAACAUUACCACGAACAUUUUACAUCUAGUAUUAACAUCUUAAAAUGUUUAAAAGAUAUCGCAUUGCUGUUUUAAUGUUUAAGUAAUAUCACACUGCCCUGGCACAACUUGGACAGUUCUUUUUAUAUAGUAAUAACAGUUUGCGACAUUGACAUGUUCAUAAUUAUACGCACUGUACGAGCGUGUGAUUUACAUUUCACUUUGAUGAUAUUUACAAGUACUUUUAGUACAGAUAAAGCGAUUACAAAUAUGUGCAUUCAAUGUUCCAAACUUCGUCAAAUGACAAAUGACCUUAACCUUGUUUCCCAAGUAUUCUUGAAUUUUUAGACUCUAUUCGGUCGUCUGAUAUUGCUCAACUUCUACCUUGACAUGUUCAUGGGGUUGCGAAUAUUUAAUGAAGUCGCCUUCCUUCAGCAUAGUCGCUUUUCUAGAAUGUUACAAUCUUUGUUUGCGUACGCUCGGGGUUAUUUAGCAAGGUGUAAACUCAGGUGUUGUUUGUCAAAUUUUAGGUUCUGUGGACUGAUUCUGAACGGAGAAAGGCGAAAAAAAAAAAAAACUAUUUCAGCUAAUAGAUGAACAUUAAAGUCUUUCUUUCGUUUUUAAGGGAAUAUGCAAAUUUUGCAAUUAUCAGUUUUUGCUUUAAAGUGGAAAUGUCGCAGUCAACAAGUAACAAAGCGGAGUUUGCUUCGAAUCGAAGUUAUUUAUUUCUGCUAACGGAUUUAAGUUCCUCUUAAUUAGUACUUAAGUACAUUAGGAAAAUUUCCACUAGGCUUUUGUGCGUUAUGGUGACCCCUGUUUUGAAGAAUGAUGGAACGGAACGGAACAGCGGAAUACGCGGAAUAUUCUAAAAUAAGAAAUAUACUAAAGGACGGAAUUUACAGAAUAUUCUAAAACAAAACACAGAGCCUUCUACUUUUUUCAGUCCUGUUCAAAUCAUUCUAAUACAGUGUUCUGUUUUGAAUUAAUCAUGCAAGUUUUCUUGUUUCAUUCCUUCGUCAAAAUAUCAUUAUAUCUCAGCCCUGCUGUGCUGGAAGUGAAGUGUGCAUGAUACUUGCAUUCCCUCGUCAUCCAGUCUCCUUAUUUUCACGCCUUCCCUCGAACUUUCCUUCCGAAAAAGCUGAAAUCCUGAACUCUGGUGGGUUACGUUAAUGGUGAAUGAAGUGAGCGAAGAAAAAGUUUUAAAAGAACCUUUGUGAACUGUUUGAAGUGAGGACCUUAGGAGCUCUAGACAAUGAGUUACUAUAUACUGAAUGUUGUGCAGACGAUCCCUAAAGAGAAAACUAAAUAGGGUCUCACGGAAAGACUAACCGAAAAUUCUAGGUGACCUUUUUAGGGUAAAAAUCGUUAAAAAUGGGCAAUUAUACCAUUUUUUAGAUGUUCGAGAAUCCUAGGAGAGGCAUGCAAGCAAGAAAUUUUACAGCAAAUGUUCCGAAAAUUCUAGAUCUAAAAUCGUCUUCCGAACAGAUAUUUUCCGAAAAUUGACGCUGGGUGCCCCUGUAUAAUUAAUAUUCAGCUGUAUAUAUUAUAUUGUAUUAAUAAAUUCAAUCUUGAAAUCAAGGACCAACUUACAAACAACAAGGACGGGAUACUGAUAAAGGAUCUAAUGCAGCUAUAAUUGGAAAAAUAGAAACAAACGAUGCAAGGCUGAUUCUAGCCUGAAUUUCAGCCGAUUACUUCGAGUCGUUAUUACUCCCUCAGUAACGACGUUACUGAGGGAGAAAACGACUCGAACCAAUCGGAUGAAAUUCACGCUAAGCUGAUUUUACUGUCGGGAAUAUAUACUUUUCUUUUAGCAAUAUUUCGGAAGUGCCUUCCUUCGUCAUGGUCUAACAUACAAUGAUAUAUAAUAUUAUAUUACAAUGCAAUAUUGGAUGUAAGACCCCUAAAGAAGGAAGGUUGUUCCUUCCGAAAUAUUGGCCGGUAAAGAAAAAUAUAUAUUCCCGACUGUAAAUUCAACCUUGCUUCUUUUGUUUAGGCGGGGAACGCUUCCGGCUAAUACAUUAUUCACGAUUCACUUAAGUCAAGGUUAGAGUGAAUGAUGUCAGCAAUAUUAGUCUUACUUAAAAAACCCGAAAGUUUUUCUAAAUUACGUUAAUGUACUCAAAGAAAUUGGCCAUUUUUUAAAUUCUUCGGUUAAACAUGGUUUAAAGAAACAUUUUCACGUUCAAUUGUUCUUAGAAAUGUUGGAACAGAGGUUCAGUUGUUAACUAUGACUAUAUGUAAAUUUUUUGCUAACUCACUUCCACGCAGUGAGAUUGAGGUUCCGGUAAUUAAAUUUUUGUCGAGUUUCCAUGGCAACUCAAUCGCUUUUGGGAAUGACUUGGAAUGACGCUUCCGUUCCUUUUGAUAUAUACAUAUAUAAUAGGUUUAUUGUCUGAUCAUAUUGUUAUAUCGAUUUUUAGCGAAAGUAUCUCACAUUAUAUUUACUACUGUUGACUUAACUGACAUUAUGUCUGGUAGGUCUACACUUAACAAAAAGAGUUAUACGGUAGCCGUUUAAUCUUGGCGAUGUUUCAUAGUCGCAAACAAAAACCUUAUAUUUACCCGUGGAAUACGAUCAUUAUACGUAACUCAUUUAUUGUCUUUAGGGUGCUCUUUCGACAGCGUCACAGUGAUUGAUCGAAUUUGGAGGCUACAUUGGCUAGUAACAUCGAUAAUUUCAAAAUUGUAUCAACCACAUUGUAAGGACAGCAAGUUUCGCCGUUUUCCCUUGAACUUUACGAGACGCCAUGCUACUCGCCGAGUCCAGCCGGAAUAUCUUCACCAAAUGCCGCCGACGAUACAUCGUGCUUUUUGUUGCCUUAACGAUCUUGUUUUUAUUUUACAUCUUCUUAAACUUGAGAAACUAUGGACUUUACACCGGGAAUCAUCCAUUUUUCGCCGCUCAGCCAUGCGAGUACCUCAACGAAAUGGAAAGAGGACAGCUUUUGGAUAUGGCCUUAGAAGUUCAUAAAAUCCUGGAUGGUUUUGGCAUAGAACACUGGUUGAUGUACGGUUCUGUGUUUGGCGCUGUGCGGGCGAAGGGACCCCUCCCUUGGGAUAAUGACGUAGAUAUAGGAUUCAACGGAACAGGAACUUUUGCACUGAUGUCUUUUGAAGAGUUCACAAAACCGUUUAAAGCGAAAGGUUUAAAUGUUUACCAUAAGCGUUGGAUUACAAGUAAUGUGAUGAAAGUUUACAGAAGCGAUCUACCCCACGUAAAAGUUGAUUUAUUUGCGUUUUACAAUUAUCGAGGAUGGAUGAAGCGCGCCGGCUUGGAGACCUGGAUUUUUGCAUUAAACUAUAAUCUUCAUGAUACAUUUCCUGCGCGAUUAGUUAAGAAACCUGUUCCGCUUGUUCCGUUUGGUAAAUAUUCGAUGCCCGUUCCGCGAGAAGGGCUAACUAUGCAGAAAUAUCUGUACCCCGAUGACUGGUGGAUGGAGGUAAAACCCGUGACCUGUCAUUAACCAAUCUCAAAAGAAGCUGUAGACUGCGAGCAGUCUCUCAUAGAGAGCUUUAGAUCUGAGAAAGACAACGAGUACGAGAUGUAACUUAAAGUUUUUGCGCGUGUUCUAAAAAAAAGAGACAACCCGGAAAGCUUCAAUUUACUUUUUGUUCACCAAAAAAGUUAGUACGGUAAUUUAUACUGAAGGAGGUUAAGCCAUCUCCCGAUUAUGAUAAAACUUCUUGCAUUUGAAACUUGUUCCCGCCACUACGACAUUCUCGCUGAAACUCUUAGUAGAAUGACGACACAGCUAUCACGUUUUCCCGCCAAAAUGACGCUGCCUCACGAGCAAGCACUACUUUCCAUUGAGAAAAUCUCGUACUCGUAGUCGUUCUCGUUUCAGAAUCCAAAGGUCUCUAACCACAACUGCAAUUUUUUUCAAUCUCCUUCAAGUUUGUUCACCCGUGUCUCCUUAAUGUUUCCUGUGCUAUUUAUACCUUCUUUUUAAUGUUUUGAGUGGUUAUUUUUACGCUUCACUCAAUUUGGUGGCCGUUCCCGGCACUGUUUGAAUUUUGAUAAAUUUCGUGAUACGGCUCCUUUUAACUGUCCGCGGCUGGAAGAGAAGCAGCUAUGUUGUCUGAAAAUAGCUUUGAACGUUAAUUACGCACUUAACGCUUAAGAUGUCUCGUGCGAUUU